UUUGAUUGACAGAAUUUGAAUUCAAGAUGGCGGCGCGCGUACCGCUGUCUAUGAAGAUGUCACCCUCAGCUUCUUUGGGCUUAAGGCUUCUUUUUAAAGAGCAACAUUCCUCCGGAAAGCUGCUGAAAUCUCUCAGCGAGUUCCACAGAAGAGGCUACUCUGUGAAAGUCCGGCAGGCGGAGGAGGAGAGCGGUGUUAGCGCCGCCGGCUUCAGCGGCCCCCUGGAUCACUACACCGGGCUGAUCAGAGAUGGGACGCUGCGGGAGGAUGAGCACCAGAAAGCAGUGAUGCAGAAACUGGACGAGCUGCACAAAACUCUGAGAGGAUACAGCAACACCCCGACAUCUGUCUUCUCCAGGUUUUUCACAAAACCAAAGCCUCCCAAAGGUUACUACAUCUACGGUGAUGUUGGCACGGGGAAAACGAUGGUCAUGGACAUGUUUUAUUCAUAUGUGGAGACUGAGAACAAAAAGAGGGUUCAUUUCCAUGGUUUUAUGUUAGACGUGCAUAAAAGGAUUCAUCGGCUGAAACAGAGCAUGCCAAAAAGGAAAGCAGGAAAAAUGGCCAAGUCUUAUGAUCCCAUUGCUCCGGUUGCAGAGGAAAUCAGUGAGGAGGCUUGUCUGUUGUGCUUCGAUGAGUUUCAGGUCACUGAUAUUGCAGACGCCAUGAUUCUCAAGCAGCUUUUUGAGAAUCUGUUUCUAAACGGUGUUGUUGUUGUGGCUACUUCUAAUCGUCCGCCUGUAGACUUGUAUAAAAACGGCCUGCAGAGAGUCAACUUUGUGCCUUUUAUUGCAGUGUUGCAGAAAUAUUGCCAUACUCUUCGCCUGGACUCUGGGAUUGACUACCGCAAACAGAAUAGACCCUCAUCUGGAAAACUCUACUUCCUUUCCAGUGAACCUGAUGCAGAAACGACCCUCGAUAAAAUGUUUGACGAGCUGUCUUUUAAACAGAAUGACAUAACACGACCAAGAGUUCUGAACGUCCACAACAGAAAAGUCCGUCUGAACAAAGCGUGCGGGACCAUCGCAGACUGUACGUUUGAGGAGCUUUGUGAUAGACCUUUAGGAGCGAGUGACUACCUAGAGAUAUCCAGGCUGUUUGACACAGUCUUCAUUCGACACAUUCCUUUGCUGACCGUGAACAAAAAAACUCAAGCCAGGCGGCUCAUUACGCUUGUGGAUGCCCUCUAUGAACACAAGGUACGUGUGGUGAUCCUCGCAGAUCACCCGCUGGAGGAUAUUUUUGUACAAGAUGGGGAUCACAGCCACGACGAGGGCCACAUCCUUAUGGAUGACCUGGGGCUGAAAAGGGAAGAAGCCAGCAGUCUGUCCAUCUUCAGCGGCGAAGAGGAAAAAUUUGCCUUCCAGAGGACCGUGUCCCGACUCACAGAGAUGCAGACAGAAGAAUAUUGGCUGGAGGGGGACAGAAGCAUGAAAUCACAGGCGUAACAUUUAGAAAGGAAACAGUGUUACCAAACUUGGUGCGCCUUAAUCUGCACUCCUCGCUGCCUGUAACAGCCCAGAACUGAACACUCCUCCUCAUCAUCAUCAUCUUAUGCAGCACAAACCCAGUGGAACUCCUCAUCUCUGUGCGUGUGUGCAAUUGUAGUGCAGAGUAUUUAUUCUUAUCUAAUCAUUUUAUUGCGACAUUGCACUUUAAGGAGGAUUUAUAAGAUGAACUUUGAGUUAUUGCUUUUAACUUGGUGACAUUUUUGAGGUCCAACUUCACUUUUUUUUGAUGUGUGGGAAAUCAGCUGGACGACUUUUGGAAAAGUAAUCCAAAAGGACUUUGAUGAAGAUUUAAGGGACAUUUUAAUUGGAUCUAUUUUAAGAUACACUACGGUUUGAAAAUGAAAUGAAUUGUAUAUGAUCUUAACACAUCUAAAUACAAUGGCAGCAGACUGGUUUGGAGAUUUGCAGCCGUGUGUUUAUUCGAGUUGUGAUUUAUUUAGCCUGUGCAUGUGAAAUGUUUAUCUCAGAAAGCUUUGCAGAUGCUGCAGAGAAUGAAUGGCACCAUCUGACUCUUCAUCAGUGUCUUCAUUCGCCAGACGGAAAAAGAAAAGCAAACCAUGUCAGCUGAAUAUUACUUAUAUGGCACAAUAGCUUUGUACAUCUGUCCCCACAAAUGAAACCGUUUCAGUGUUGGCGUAGG